GUCAUGGAAUGUUUUUCCUUUGCGGUGAAGAGGAGUAGUGUUUAAACUAAAUCGAGAAUUUCAAGACAUUGUCUAAAAUAAUGAAGUUAAAGAAUUAGAAUCGUAAUGGGAGGAUGUAUGGGCACUUCCAGAGAGCCCAGCAUUGAUGCUGGCCAUAUUGAUCCUCUCAGUACAUCUACGGGAGUUGCAAUAGGCCGUAAUCGGCCACUUAACGUUGAUAAACAAGAAUGGAUUACUGAAGUGCCCAUGACAAUGACACAGCUUCGUACUAAAAGAGAGGAGUUUUGGGAAACCGCUCCGGCAUUUGAAGGAAGGAAAGAAAUAUGGGACGCGUUAAAAGCUGCAAGCGAACAAGACGAUAUCAGUAUGGCACAAGUUAUAGUGGACAGUGCUAAUAUCACUCUACCUACAGGUUCACUGACUGAGGCAUAUGAUGAAUUAGGGAAUAACUAUAAAGUACCUCUCUUCUGUAUUACGGAGCCUUCAAAUCUUCUUAAAAAUGAAGACAUUCCCGAGAAAACCAAAAGUAAAAAUUAUGAAGAGGAAAAAGAUGUUCCUACAGGUGAUGCUUAUCCUGUUAAGUUUCGACUCUCCACUGGAAAAGAAAUAAAACUUCAAGUAUAUCCUUCUGAUAGUGUCUACAAACUGAAAAUAAUAGAAAAUCGUGAAAAUGUUGCAUUGAACAGACAGAGGUGGUUUUACAGUGGGCAAUUGCUUACUGAUAAUAUGACUGUUAAAAAUGCUGACAUCAAGAAAAGCUAUGUUGUUCAAAUUAUUGUUUCUGAAGACAGAAAAUGAUAUCAUACUUUGCCAAAGUACCACUCUGAAUAUUAUGUAAAUAUAGUAUUUGACCAUCAGAACAUAGUGUUUUGCAAAGAGAACUUCAUGAUUACUAGACUUGGUGAUCUUCAGUUAAUGAACAAGAAACAAGGAAGUUCAUUUGAAGUCAAACAACAAUUUAUUUCCCAUUGUUUGCCACACCAAGUCAUCAAUUUGGUUCAUUACCUACUGUAUGAAAUAAUGUAUGAAUGUAAAGAUCAAAUACCUCUAAAGCACUGGAGGUAUUUGAUCUUUACGUUCAAUUGAAAUGAAAUAUUUCCCAACACUGCAA